CGAGUGCACAGCACGGAGCGGUUGUGUAGGUGCCGCCAUGAUGAACAGCGGUGGAAUCGGGGUGCCGCUCGGCUUCCCCUUGGGCCCUACCUCUGUCAUCCAAGUCACCAACCUCUCCUCGGCGGUAACCAGCGAGCAGAUGCGGACGCUGUUCGGCUUCCUGGGAGAAAUCGAGGAGCUGCGCCUUUAUCCCCCAGACAACGCUCCUCUUGCUUUUUCCUCCAAAGUAUGUUAUAUUAAGUUUCGUGAAGCAUCGAGUGUUGGUGUGGCCCAGCAUCUAACUAACACCGUUUUUAUUGAUAGAGCUCUGAUAGUCGUACCCUGUGCAGAAGGUAAAAUCCCAGAUGAAGCCAAAGCCCUCUCUUUAUUGGCUCCUGCUCCUACUAUGACAAGCCUGAUGCCUGGUGCAGGGUUGCUUCCUAUACCCACACCAACUCCUCUGACUACUCUUAGUGUUUCACUUGGCACUUUGGGAGCUAUACCAGCAGCAGCACUGGACCCUAAUAUUACAGCACUUGGAGAAAUACCACAGCCACCAAUUAUGGGAAAUGUGGAUCCUUCCAAAAUUGAUGAAAUUAGGAGAACAGUCUACGUUGGAAAUCUGAAUUCUCAGACUACAACAGCAGAUCAGCUGCUUGAAUUUUUUAAACAAGUUGGAGAAGUGAAGUUUGUGCGAAUGGCAGGUGAUGAGACCCAACCAACACGGUUUGCUUUUGUGGAAUUCGCAGACCAAAAUUCUGUACCUCGUGCUCUUGCCUUUAAUGGAGUUAUGUUUGGAGACAGGCCACUGAAAAUAAAUCACUCCAAUAAUGCAAUAGUGAAACCUCCUGAAAUGACUCCACAAGCUGCUGCCAAGGAACUGGAAGAAGUGAUGAAGAGAGUAAGGGAAGCCCAGUCUUUCAUAUCGGCAGCUAUUGAGCCAGAGUCUGGAAAGAGCAGUGAAAGAAAAGGCGGUCGAUCUCGUUCCCAUUCUCGUUCAGAGUCCAGAUCUAGUUCAAAAUCCCGAUCUAGAAGGAAAAGAUCACACUCAAAACGCAGGAGUAGAUCACACAAUAGAUCACUCUCUAGUCAGAAGGAUAGGCGUAGAUCCAAAAGUCCUCCCAAAAAACGUUCCAAGUCUAAGGAAAGGCAGAAGUCAAGAAGUCGUUCUCGUUCCCGGGACAAGAAAAAAGACAAAGAAAACAAAGAAAAGGUCAAGGAAAAAGAAAAGGUCAAAGGGAAGGACAAGGACCGAGACAGGGAGAAGGAGAGAGACCGAGAUAAAGAAAAAGAGAGGGAGCGGGACAGAGACAAAGAGAGAAACAGGGACAAGGAUAGGGAGAGAGAUAAAGAAAAAGACAGGGACAAGGACCGAGAGAGGGACAGAGACAAAGAAAAGGAGAGGAACAAAGACCGGGAGAGGGUCAAGGAUAGGGAGAAGGACAGGGACAAAGAGAAGGAUAGGGAGAAGGACAGGGACAAGGAGAAGGAGGUAGUCCGGGACAAGAAGGAAACUGACCUGGAGAAAGGGGGGGACAGGGACAAGGAAAAGGAUCGGGAGAAAGAGGGGGAAAGGGAGAAGGUUAAGGAGAAGGACAGGGAGAAAGACAGAGAGAAGAAGGAGGGUGACAAGGAGAAGGACAAAGACAAGGAAGGGGACAAAGAGAAGGAACGGGAAAGAGAAAAAGAGCGGUCCAAAGAGAGCGAUGAUAAAAAGAAGAAAGAGAAGAGAUCCAGAACACCUCCCAGAAGCUACAGUUCUCUAAGAAGAUCUCGUAGUUCCAGCAGAGAAAGGCGUAAGAGGAAGAGUAGAAGUCCUUCCAAGUCUCCAAAAACAUCCAGAACAUCAAAGAGAAAGUCCUCUCGGUCUCCAUCACCAAGGAGAAAUAAGAAGGACAAAAAGAGAGAGAAAGAAAGGGAUUCAAAUAAUGAAAGAAAAGAGAGAGAGCAAUCCACAUCCAAGAAAAAAAGUAGCAAAGAAAAAGAUGGGAAGGAGAAGUCUGACAAAACCACUACUACACUGAAGGACAAAGAUCACACUAAAGAGGAUCCGAAUUCAGAAAUUAACAAGGCAGUAGACAACAAUGAUACACAAAGGACAGAGGAAGUCAAACUACAACAGAAUGGGAACUGUCAACCAAAUGAAGAAAACCUCUCAGUUAAAAUGGAAGAGGUAUAAAGUAAUGAAUGGACCUCUGACUCAACUGUGGGGUGAAUCCAAAGCUUUUUAUUUCCCUGAAAGAGGAAGAAAACA